ACUAGAGAUGACGUAGGUAUUAUUCAAGUAUUGACAAUUGAAAAGGAAAAAAGCGUCGAGGGCAAGCAGGUAACUUCAAUGACAAUUAAGAAGAAAUAAACAAAUAAACAAGGGACGCACGACCCAAUAAAAUAAGCAUCUCUCAUUCAUUUCUCAAAAAUGCUGCAUAAAAAUGCCAUAGUCAGACGCCCCCACCUCUUCCCACCAACCAACCUCUUUUCGAUUGCACUGCUUCCGACAAGCCUCGAUUUUCCGGCGAUUUUUCCGACAGCUGCUCGACGUGCCACAUACUUAGCAUGAGUCUCUUGAGGAGGACUCUCUAGAUCUCUGGCCCCUGUACCACCACUACUUCUGCUCCGUCUUAAUUCAUCUUCAACGCCAUGGACGCUGGGAGCCUCUCAAUCUUGGAAGAUGAUCGGGAGCUUGCGACUUCAACGGAAGGUUUCCGGCAAUCCUCCGGCAAAUCAGCAUCCGGCUCGUCUCUCAAGAGAAGAGGGUACUAUCGGUGCAGCAGCAGCAAAGGGUGCCCGGCGAGGAAGCAGGUGGAGAGAAGCCGCCUCGACCCCACGGUUCUCUUGGUCACGUACUCCUCCGACCACAAUCACCCUUUUACGGCAACCUCUCGCGGUCCCCACCAUGCCGGACCCGCGAAUUCCGCGCCGGAGGAAACGAAGAAACCUGAACCGAAGCCGGAGCUCGACGUCGACGGGGCCAGGUUCGAGCUGGACGGCCGCGUGCUGAUGGGGCACGACGCAGGAUGGUUCUCCGACAUCGGGGAUGCGGUCCUCCUGCCGGAUUCGACGCUCGAUAUCGACGAUGCGGAACUGGGUUGCUUCCAGAACCAUGGCGGUUUUUCUGGUGGUGGCGGUGGCGCAGGCGAGUUAGACGACCACGAUGACUUCUUCGCAGAUCUCGGCGAAUUGCCGGAGAGCUCGAUAGUUUUCCGGCCGGUUGGGGUCAUAGAAGAGGAGGUGCGCCGCCAGUGCGGCCUUAGCACGGCAAGUAUUGGAUAAGUACAGCUCCCCCCACCCCUCUCACACACUCUCUCUCUCUCAAAAUUUUCCAUUGUUGAUUUUUGUCCUCUUGCUGAACUGAUGUUUCAUAGGAGAUGUAACGUCUGACAAAGAGAUUUUUCUUUCGUCUUUCUUGUUCUUUCUUUAUCUAAAAAUAAUUCUGGCUUUGGUGGAUUUGGUGUACAAUAGUAACAAUAAGAAAUUAUGGGAAAUAAAGUGAGGAUUCUUUUUCUUUUUA